AUGUUUUUAUGCAUGUCUCUUCCCCGAUUCAGCUUCCUGUUCUUCUUGUUCAUGCUUCUGGCCGAUCUAGUCCCUGGACAAUCCGUGGGCGGUCGCACCUGUCCUAAAAUCACAACGAGGAAAGAAUGGCGCCAAUUGAGUAGAGAAACUCAAGCUUCCUAUAUCAAGGCUGUGAAAUGUUUGACGACCAAGCCAGCCACUCUGCGGACCCGAUUCAGGUUAAGGCGUUAUGAUGACUUCCAAUACGUUCAUUCUACUUUAUAUAUGCAAGUCCAUUUUGUUGCCCGGUUUCUCCCUUGGCAUCGACAUAUUGUAUUCCUCUAUGAGCAAGCUCUUCGUGAAUGCGGCUAUCAAGAAGGGGUUCCGCACUGGGAUUGGUCCUUAGACGCUGCCGAUGCGAGCCGAUCGCCGGUUUUUUCGAGCGACCCACAAGUUGGUUUUGGAGGGAACGGCACGGGCCGCGUCGACCCUCGAUUGCCGGAUGACGGAGGCGCUGUUCAGACCGGCGCGUUUUCCAACUUCCAGCUCAUACAUCCGAUUCCUCAUCUUUUACACCGCAAGUUCGAUGCCAUGCUGGAGUUGUCGUCGAACAAUGUGCCAUACUUGGGUGAAUUCUAUUCGAAAAGUAAGAUAGCGGAGAUUCAGAAGACAUCUGAUUUCUUGAACUACUCGAACAACAUAGAGGGACAAAACCCCAUGAUUUUUCCAGAUGCCCCUAGCGCCCCUCACGCUGCCAUUCAUAUCUUCAUAGGCGGCGAAAUGCCCCACUCAGUCUAUGCCGCCAAUGAAGUCAGUUUGUCACCCAAUAUCAAAGGCCGUAAGAUAAUUUUCAUUGAGGUUUUGAUCGAUGAUGAAUUUGAUCUGAAGACGAGUGUCGUUCCUCCUUACUGCAGACUGUUUUUUCUUCAUCACGCGCACAUUGACAAACUGUGGGCAGAUUGGCAAAGGCAAGAUUGGAAGAAUCGCAAAAGAGCUUACCAUGGAAAUAACGUCCGCGGAGAUCAAACAGAGGAUGCUUCAAUCGAUGAUAAGAUGCCUUUCUUGGGGCUCGGAGGCCAAGAUCCAACUGUUCUUUCGGUUAUGGACACAACGGCUUAUCCCUAUUGUUAUACCUUUUUAGAGCGUAUAAUUUUACGAGACGAUCGAUGUGUCGAGCCAGACGAAGGCUCCUGGUGCCGUUGCCCCUCAUGA